AUGGAAGAGAUGGGAUUGUCAGAGAAACUAUUUCAGACUGGUUUCGAACCAACCGGUAGAAAAAGAAUCAACAAUUACUUCACCCUUAGAUGGGUGGAAAUUAUUAAGACAACUCUUGACAAAGAAUAUAUCAAGAUUCUGAGGGAGUCCCAGUUCAAGAAUGUUAUGAGAAUGGGAGGCCAUAUUUUCUCGGUUAUAUACGGACUAUCUGAUUUUGCAGAAGUCACUGGUUUGAAUUGUGGUCUACUACAAGGUGGAGAGUGUUCUAAGAAGAAGAAGAAGAAACAGAAAUCAAGUAAAGGUCGAAGCAAAAAGGAUUUGACGAAGAAGGAGAGAGGUCCAAUGUGGGAAACCUUGUUUGGUGAUGUUGAUAAUCCGACUCCAUCUUUGAUGUGA